AUGUUUGUGCCCAUCUUCCUCCAUGACCAAGGCUUACCAGCCUUUCGCAAUUCACAGGGCAAAGUCGCCGAACUGCGACAAGAGUUGCAGGGUGUUGGAGGGAAGAAGGACAAGGGCCACCUCGGGAAGAAGAUUGCCCUCAAGAAGAUUGUCGCAAACAUGACCAUGAGCAACAACGACAUGAUCGCCCUCUUUCCCGACGUAAUCCAAGUCAUGGGCCUCGCCAGUCUGGAAAUCAAGAAGAUGUGCUUCCUAUACCUCGUUCACUACGCCAGGAUAAAGCCCGAAGACAUGGAAGAUACGAAUCCACUAGUACGAGCCCUCGCUUUGCGAACAAUGUCAUAUAUCCAUGUUCGUGAAUUCGUCGAAGCCGCCGUUACCCCUACGAAGCACCUCUUGCGAGACGCAGAUCCAUACGUGCGCAAAACUGCCUGUUUCUGUGUCGCAAAACUCUACGAUCAUGACAAGACUCUGGUCGAGAACUCGGAUCUGAUCACUGGACUGAACAACAUGCUGAGAGAUGAGAACCCCACUGUUGUCUCAAGCGCUUUGGCUUCCUUGACCGAUAUCUGGGAGAGGAGCGAGUCCAUCAAGCUUACGAUCGACUAUAACAGUGCUUCUAAGAUCGCUUCAAUCCUGGCAGAAACCUCUGAGUGGAACCAAACAUAUAUUCUCGAAGCUCUCAUGAAUUUCGUUCCUCAGGACUCUGGACAGGCUUCGAUGUUGGCCGAGCGCAUCACUCCUCGCCUUUCUCACACAAAUUCGGCAGUCGUACUUGGAUGUAUCCGCCUUAUCCUUUACCUCAUGAAUUACAUCGCAGACGAAAAGACUAUCACAGCUUUGAUGAACAAGCUUUCUCCUCCUCUGGUCACAUUACUCUCAAAGGGCCACGAGAUUCAAUAUUUGGCUUUGCGCAAUGCCCUUCUGAUUUUACAAAGAAGACCAGACAUUUUGAAGAACGACAUUCGUGUCUUCUUCUGCAAGUAUAACGACCCUAUUUACGUCAAAGUCACUAAACUGGAACUCAUCUUCAUGCUCGCAACUCAGGACAACAUUAAAGAAGUGUUGAACGAGCUGAGAGAAUACGCAACCGAAAUCGACAUUCACUUUGUGAGAAAAUCUGUUCGCGCUAUUGGAAAGCUGGCCAUCAAGAUUGAACCUGCGGCAAGACUUUGCAUCAACACACUGCUGGAGCUCGUUGCAACAAAGGUUUCCUACAUCGUCCAAGAGGCAACGGUGGUGAUUCGUAACAUCUUCCGCAAAUAUCCUAAUCAGUACGAAUCAAUCAUCAGCACAUUAUGCGAAAAUCUCGAUUCGUUGGACGAGCCAGAAGCAAAGGCUGCUAUGAUCUGGAUCAUUGGACAAUACGCCGACAGAAUUGACAACAGCGAUGUUCUCCUGGAUGACUUUUUGUACACAUUCGCAGACGAGCCGCAUGAGGUACAGUUGGCACUUUUGACGGCGACAGUCAAGUUGUUCAUUCAAAGGCCGAAGAAGGGACAAGAACUCGUGCCGAAGGUCUUGAAAUGGGCCACUGAGGAGACAGACAACCCCGAUCUUCGCGACAGAGGUUACAUGUACUGGCGUCUACUCUCCUCAGACCCAGUGGCGGCGAAACAAGUCGUCAUGGGAGAGAAGCCUCCCAUCACGGCAGAAACAGAAAAGCUGGAUCCAUUCACCCUGCAAGAGAUGUGCUUGGUGGUAGGCUCGCUCGCAACCAUCUACCUAAAGCCUAUCAAGUCGGUCUUCCGUUCCGCUCGCCCGCGUAUUGUACCAGAGACGGCCGUCGAUGCAGCAGAUGUGUAUUUCUCGACUAUUGGAAGCCAGCAGAUGGCAAACAUGGCACUGAACGAUGAUGGCUAUGCAUCGCCAGUCGGCGGAGAAGGGGCUCAGACCAUGUUCGUCGUGAACCAGAACCAACCACAGCAAGUCUAUCAGCCUACUGUGGGGAAUGGCAACGGAGAUCUUCUGAGCUUCUAG